UGAAGAAACCAGGGAACGGACAAUCUCGGAGGAUGGGAGAGAAGAGCCAGACACAGAGAGCAGGAUGGCAUUGAAAUGCUAAAUAUAGCUUCACUGAAAAAAAAAGAUGCGUGUGAUACUCCUUAUGCUGAAAAUUGAUGAAGAGGAGAGGAGAAGUAGAAAAAGGUAGCCAAGAGAAAAAAGAAAUGGCACUCAAAAGGAAAUGUGAAAGGACAAAAAGGAAAGAUAAGAGUAAGCCUAAUUUGAAGUUAUUACUAGGGACCCUCAGAGCCAAAGUUGCAAAGUGCUGACGCAGGGAAUUGCAGGUAUUAGCUGCUGUUCAUGGCAGGAGCAGUAGGAGGGAGUGGAGACUCGUGGGAGCCCUUGUAUCCCUGUGCAGUGCUCUAAAGCUGGAUAAAUCUAAGGGCUUGGAACAGAUGAGCACAGCUAGUCAGACAUCAUCAUCAACAGAGGAAAAAACACAGAAGACAAUCGCACCAUCAGUUCUACAUGGAAGGUUUGAAAUUUUGAUGCUCCACAGAAAAAGAAAGUAUGUAUGGACAGCACAGCCCUACACCUAAAUUAAUCUAAAUUAAUGUUUUGUAUCAGCACAAAGAGCUCCAUGGCAGUACUGGCAACUUCAAAGUAUCUUUUGUGAAAUAUAAUGGGUGUUUCUGCCCUGAAGUCUGGUGCUCUCCUCCAACUGACUACAUGGAUUUCUAACCAGAGUUCAAUUCAAACUUUAUGUGACAGAUCAUCUCUUGUGAUCAACUUGAAAUGAUAUCCACAAUUUUAUAUCUCCAAAACAAAGAGGACCAGAAUCCUGAGGUAAAAAAUAAAAAGACAUAAGACACCUGAUACUUACCCUGGAGUGCAGGUAUGGGCACAAGUAGGAUAAAUCCCUAUAGCAUAGUGUCCUCUGAUGAGGAGAGAUUGAGGAUGACCACUCUGUCUGGGGUCAAUGGCUUUGGCAAUGGAAAAAUUCAUACUAGAAGGAAAUGCAGAAACAGAUUUGUAAAGAAGAAUGGGCAAUGCAAUGUUCAAUUUGCAAAUAUGGAUGACAAGUCCCAAAGGUACAUUGCAGACAUGUUUACCACCUGUGUGGAUAUUCGAUGGAGAUACAUGCUGAUUAUCUUCUGUCUUGCAUUCCUCGCAUCAUGGCUACUCUUUGGAUUAAUUUUUUGGCUGAUUGCUUUUGUUCAUGGAGACUUAGAGAAUCCAUCAGGUGAUACAGAUUUUAAGCCAUGUGUUGUGCAAGUCAAUGGCUUCAUGGCUGCAUUUCUUUUCUCUAUUGAGACACAAACUACUAUUGGAUAUGGUUUCCGCUGUGUGACAGAAGAAUGUCCUUUAGCAAUUUUCGUGGUUGUAUUUCAGUCCAUUGUGGGCUGUAUAAUAGACUCUUUUAUGAUUGGGGCCAUAAUGGCAAAAAUGGCUAGACCUAAAAAAAGAGCCCAGACAUUACUCUUCAGCCACAAUGCAGUGAUUGCCAUGAGAGAUGGAAAACUAAGCUUAAUGUGGAGAGUUGGGAAUCUUAGGAAAAGCCAUAUAGUGGAAGCUCAUGUGAGAGCUCAGCUUAUAAAGAACAGAAUAACCGAGGAAGGUGAAUAUAUCCCUCUUGAUCAAAUAGAUUUGAAUGUUGGAUUUGAUAAAGGACUGGAUCGGAUCUUUUUGGUGUCUCCUAUCACAAUUGUUCAUGACAUCGAUGAGGAGAGCCCUCUAUUUGGGAUUAGUAAACAAGACCUAGAGAUCUCUGAAUUCGAGAUAGUUGUCAUAUUGGAGGGUAUGGUGGAAGCUACAGCAAUGACAACCCAAGCUCGGAGCUCUUACUUAGCUAACGAGAUUAUGUGGGGUCACCGAUUUGAACCUGUCCUGUUUGAGGAAAGAAGCCAAUAUAGAGUGGACUACUCUAAUUUCCACAAAACUUAUGAAGUUCCAUUAACUCCCCGAUGCAGCGCAAAGGAUUUGGUGGAGAACAAAUUCAUAAUUCCCAGUACCAAUGUCUUUUGUUAUGAAAAUGAGCUGGCAUUCAUAAACCGGGAUGAAGAUGAUGAGGAAGAUGAAGAUAGCAGCACACAUGAGUUUGACAGACUUCAAUCCUCAGUAGUUUUAGACCAGUAUUCAUACAGAAGAGAGUCUGAAAUAUGAGUCUGAAAUAACAUCUUUAUUACACAAAUUUUUCAAUUUCAUAACUCUGUAACACAAGCAGAACAAUGCAAGUGUCAUAUAAACAUCUAUAGAUAUUUUAAUUACUUUGUUAAAAUGACCUAUUUGAGAGACGUGUACAACAGCUGACUCUAUAAGGUUGAUAAAGUUGUUACAGCAUAUUUGUUCUAAUUAUAAAAGACUGAAGUACAGGUAGGUGUUAUAUAGUGUUGGAAUAUAAUAAUAUCUAAACUACAGGGAAGUUACAAACACUGCAAAGAAACUCGCAGAUUAAGCACAAAAAAAAAUCACAGAGGUUGUUUCUCAGUACUCUGAAAUGUAUUUAUUAUAUGUAAAUGAAUAACUGGACUGGGGCAAAGUAGGCAAAGGCAGCCAGUAUCAAGUAUUAUAGCAAGGUCUGAGUUUGUGGAAUUAAACUUAAUGCAAUAGUGAAAACAGCAAUAAAAUAAACUAUAUUCUGUCAGCAUAAGGGAAGUUGCAAGAUUCUAACCCCCUUAUGUAAUAAAAGCCAUUUUUUUAGUAUCAUUUAUAAUCCCCAUAAGACAGUAAAGCUUCCACACAAACAGGGUCACUUUUGAAAUAUAUGUGCAAGGCUAUGUUUAUACUGUCUUGUAUUAUGUGUUUUACAUAAUUGUCCUUGUCUAAGAAAAGAACUGGUGGAUGUGCAGGGCCCCUCACAGCCACAUGAUCUUUGCCAGUGGUUUUCCAAAAUAAUUAAUAACAGGAUUGGUCUAUGAAACACAGAAAAUACAUGUCAUUUGAUCACAUUUCAUAAAUUUCCCUUGCAAACUCAUUAAGAAAAGCAGAAUUUCUUAGAUUUUAUUUACAUUUUAAUAUUUAAAAUAGUGAAUUUUAACUAACUGUUUCUCCAAUGGGGAAUGCUCACAUUUUACAGUAAUAUAUAUGAAUUUAAAAAAAAUAAAAUAUUAACAAGA